AGUCUAACUUUGUAAUUAUUGACGUAACUUUCUUACCAAAACAGCGGAGAUUGAUACAAACUCGCGACACGUAAGUUACUUUUUUUUUUUUGAGGGCACUUGUUUUCUCUUUCUACACCUUUUAUAAAAACCGACAGAAAACCCAAUAUGCCACCUAAAGAGAACUGGGAAAAAUACGACAAGAAUGUUGAAGAUAAAGAAAAGGACGAGAAGAUUGUUGCUUUGGAUGAAGGAGAUAUUAAACUUUUAACCACCUAUGGUCAAGGUCCUUACACCAAAGAAUUAAAGUCUUUAGAACAAGAUAUCAAGGACAUUCAAAAACGUGUCAAUGAACAUAUUGGUGUCAAGGAAUCUGAUACAGGUCUUGCUGCUCCCAAUUUAUGGGAUAUUCCUGCCGAUAAACAAAGAAUGCAGGAAGAACAGCCUUUACAAGUGGCUCGUUGUACAAAGAUCAUUCAAGGAGAGAACAACGAAGAUCCAAAAUACGUUAUUAAUGUUAAGCAAAUCGCAAAGUUUGUUGUUGAGUUGGUUAGACAUGUCUCUCCUACAGAUAUCGAAGAAGGCAUGCGUGUUGGUGUCGACCGUACAAAGUAUCAAAUUCAAAUUCCUUUACCACCCAAGAUUGAUCCUUCAGUCACCAUGAUGCAGGUUGAGGAAAAGCCUGAUGUUACUUAUAGUGAUAUUGGUGGUUGCAAAGAACAAAUUGAGCGUCUUUGCGAAGUCGUAGAAUUACCUCUUUUACAACCCGAGAGAUUUGUCAACCUUGGUAUCGAUCCACCAAAAGGUGUUUUACUUUACGGUCCUCCCGGUACUGGUAAAACUCUUUGUGCUCGUGCUGUUGCCAACAGAACAGAUGCUACAUUUAUUCGUGUCAUUGGUUCCGAACUUGUUCAAAAGUAUGUUGGUGAAGGUGCCCGUAUGGUACGUGAAUUAUUUGAAAUGGCUCGUACAAAGAAGGCAUGUAUUAUCUUUUUUGAUGAAGUUGAUGCUAUUGGUGGUGCCAGAUUCGAUGAUGGUGCAGGUGGAGAUAACGAAGUUCAACGUACUAUGUUAGAAUUGAUUAAUCAGUUGGAUGGUUUUGAUCCUAGAGGUAAUAUUAAGGUGUUAAUGGCCACAAACAGACCUGAUACCUUAGAUCCUGCUCUUUUAAGACCUGGUCGUUUGGAUCGUCGUGUUGAGUUUGGUUUGCCUGACUUAGAAGGUCGUGCCCACAUCAUGAAGAUUCAUGCAAAGAGCAUGAGUGUAGAUCGUGAUAUUCGUUAUGAGUUGAUCGCAAGAUUAUGUCCCAACGCAACUGGUGCCGAAUUAAGAAGUGUGUGUACUGAAGCUGGUAUGUUUGCCAUUCGUGCAAGAAGAAAGGUUGCCACCGAAAAGGACUUUUUGGAAUCUGUUAAUAAGGUUAUCAAGGGUUAUCAAAAGUUUUCCAGUACUCCCAAGUAUCUCAUGUGGAAUUAAAUUACAUGUCUUUUUUGCCUUUUAUACAUUUAAAAAUAUCAAAUAAAGUAAAAAAAAUAAAUAAAAAAAAAUUAUAUAUACAU